AUGGAAUUGUUUGCGAGGAUGGUUGAUGUCGAUGGUAGCUCAGGUGAAUAUGAUCUAAAUCCCUCAACUGACUUGCAUGCCAAAGCAGAUGACAGAGAUAACUUUGGUUAUGUGCAUACCUUUGGGGAACUUGCAAAUGCAAUGAGAACAAUACCUAUACUAGAAGGUGCACCUGCAUUCAUAGAGGUUAGAGAUAGGGAUCCAUUUGCGAAAGCUCUAGGAGACGAUGAUUCGGAUAAGGAACUACCCAUUAUUCGUAAUGAUAUCAAUGACAAGGGAGACAUAACACCUGUCAAAAGAUCUCAACUCCCUGCUAUUCAUGGAGAUGGGAUAGCGAUGCUUGGCACAUACGAGUUUGAAAUUGGCCAUUGGUUCCAAAGCAAAGCGGAAGUUGUACUCACAGUGAAGAAUUAUAAUAUUUGCCGAAGUGUUAAGUAUAAAGUAUUUGAGUCUGAUCAAUUGAAGUAUCAUGAAAAGUGUAUGCAGUUUGGGAAUGGAUGUAAUUUGGCUGAUCAUAUUGAUUAUCAUGUCAUAUAUGUGUGUGUCGAUACUAUCAUUGGUUAUAACGGAUGCAUCAAUCUCUGUGAAGGUUUUGAAGAAUGUGGUGGCAUCAAAAUAUGGUUUCAAGCCAAGCUAGAAGAAGAAUUGAAAAGAGUCUUACAACCUGAUUCCAAGAUGGUGAUCAGGGUUCAAAUGUAUAUGUCUGGCACUAUAGCUAUAUUGCGUACUUUUCCUGUUAGAGCUGGUAAUAUGGUGUAUGAGUCGAGGGUGUUUUUUCAUCGAUUGUUUUGGAUAUUUCUUUCGUAUGUUGAGACAUUUAAGUAUUACAAGCCACUAAUAUCUAUGGAUGGUAUUUCUUUGUAUGACAAGUAUGGAGAGACUUUACUAAUGGCAAGUGCACAAGAUGAAAAUUCAAACAUUCUACCAGCUGCAUUUGGGUUAGUCGAAGGCAAGAACAUGUAUUCAUGGAAGUUUUUCCUAAGUAACCUUCAUCAACACAUAACUCCUCAACAGAGAAUUGUAGUUAUCUCUGACCGACACAAUACAAUCAAGGCUGCCUGA